CCGGAGCCCGGCUCGGAAGUGUGUCCCUCUGCCGUCGCCGGUUGGGAUGUGACUCCGGUGGCCUUCGUCUGUCAGUCUCGGAGACCUCGGCGGUGUGGCCCGAGGGGCCGCGGGACGCCAGCUGAGCCCCGGGCCCCACUCCCAGGCUUGUGCCAUGAUGGCCGGAGCCCGGCUCGGGACGUGGGCCCGGCUUCCGCCGCUCCUGUCUCUCCUGCUACUGCUGUGCCCUGGCGUAUCCGAGGCCCAGGGGCUCCAAGCUUGUGAAUUGGCCUGGAAAGUCACUGAAGUCAAGGAGAACUCCCUGCCCAAGGAGGCCAUUGCCAACAUCAGCGUGCCGGAGGGGCAGGGCCUGCACCUGGAUGAAUCCAUCCACCAGGACAUGUUCAGAGUCGAAGGCCACCAGCUGUUCCUGACCGAGGCCCCGGACUAUGAGACGAACCAAACGCUGAUGGCCUACCUGGUGUGCAAGAAGGGCCAAAGCCCGGUCUCACGGCUGAACGUGUUAGUGUACGUUGGCAACGUGAACGACAACGGGCCUGUUUUUCGUGAGCCCCAGCUGACGGUGAACGUGAGCGAGGACACCCAAGUGGGCACGGUGGUCAUCUCAGAGGACCGGCUGCAGGCAGAGGACAAGGACGGGGAUACCCUGUUCUACGAACUUCAGGGCCUCAAUCCGGACGCAAACAAUUACUUCGCCCUGGUGGCAGUGAACAACCCGGCCAUAAAGUUGAACCAGACUCUGGACUAUGAGAGAAACGACUCUAUGACGUUCCACCUCAUUGCCCGGGACACGCAGGACCCCAACGAUCCAGGCGGUCACAACGCCACGGCCACGGUCACCGUGAGCAUCCAGCAGGCGGACCUGCGGCCCCCCUGGUUCCUGCCCUGCGCCUUUACCGACGGCAAGAUCUGCAUCAACACCGGCUACCGAGGCUCCAUCCCCAUCGACAAAGUCCAGACGGAGGCUGUGACUCUAUACCCCGGUCCCCUCAAAGCCAUCGACGGUGACAGGGCCAUCGAUGAGGAAAUCCAGUACCGAAUUUUAUAUGGAAACACCAAUGACACGUUCAAGAUAGACUCCAAGACGGGCAGCAUCACGAUGACCAAAGCCGUCCACACCAACAUGACCUUCAACCUGGGCAUCCUGGCCGAACAGGUGAUCAAUAAACAGAGAUGGAGCACCACCCAGGUGACGCUGCAGGUGGCUGUGGGUAACGCUAACCAACCAGUGUUCGAGAAGCAGCAGUACCGGGGCACCCUACCCAGCGGCAGCGGGCCCAACGUUCCCGUCAGGGACCUGGCGGACCCCAGCAGCCUUCUCAUCCUCAGGGCCACCGACGCAGACUUCCAAAGUGGCUACAAUCCGGCCAUCCGCUACCGCGUUCUGGGGAACGACCUUUUCGACGUGGUCCAAGGGAUCGUGUUGACCAGGGCCAAGCUGGGGGAAGCGAAGACGUUCUCCAUGAAGGUCGAAGCUCUGGACGAGAUGACUUUCGAUAAAGCCGAGACGGAUCUGGAGGUGACGGUCACAGCUGGCCCAGGUGGGACGACGGCCGUCCCCACCUCGGCCACCAGCGGUACCCCGGCCCCUACCCCUGAGACAUCCGGCCCCACCUCCACACUGCCCACCGCCACCCCCACGCCCACACUGUCCGGAUCCACCGCCACCCCCUCGCCCACACUGUCCCGAUCCACCGCCACCCCCUCGCCCACAUCGUCCGGAUCCUCCGCCCCGGCCUCCUCCACCACCACCAUCACCACCACACAGACGGGCCCCAGCCCCGAGUCCCCCCAGACCUCCAGCCCCCCAAACCCCACCCCCUCCCGCAGCCCCCUCUCCACCACCAAGACCAGCCCGGGGGCAGGGACCCUGACCCCCAUCCCGGGGGGUUCCACCGGCACCACCCCACCGGGAUCUACGACGGGAAACCCCGAGCCAUCCACUCCUGCGGUGACUACGGGGCAGACUAACCGCCCCCCUGAUUCAACAGAGGGGGUGCCCGUCUUGAUCGAGAAGUCCAAGUACUCCCAGGACAUGGCGAUCCUCGGUGGGGUCCUGGGGGCUCUCCUCCUCCUCUGCCUGGUGGCCCUCGGGGUCCUGCUCUACAAGCAACACAGGUCUCGGUUCCAGACUUACUUCAUGACUAAAUCGCCGGACAAGGACCCCAGAGGCAUUCACAUCAACCCGAGUUUCCUGGACGAAGAGUCUCCCACCUGGGAGACGCCCCCAGAACCCGAGCCGGAGAAGAAAGCCAUGCCCGUCGACCAGAACGAGACCCCCUGGGACAAGGCUAAGAGCGGCCCGCCGUCGCCGCCCCCCACGGAGGGUGAUGUCCCCCAAGCCCCCUCCGGGGAGGAGGACUCCGAGAGCGACAAGGAGGUGAAAUCCAUCCUGACCAAGGAGAGGAAGCCGGAACAGAACGGCUACAAGGCGGUGUGGUUCGGAGAGGACAUCGGGGCCGAGGUGGACGUGGUGGUCAUCAAUGACCGGGUCGGGGAUGAAGAGGAGGAGGAGGAGGAGGAGGAGGGAGAAGAAGGGGAGAAGCAGCAGGAGGAAGAGGAAGAAAUAGCGAAUUCCAUUCAAUUCACAUCCUUCCGGCCGGCGCGAGACCAGGCCGGCACAGAAUCCAACGUCUCCCACAUCUGAGGGGGCCCAGGGAGUGGUUGACCCCUCUGCGGGACAACUGAGGCCAGAGGUCAAAGGUCAUCACGUCUCGGCCACCACCUGACUGCUCAAAUAGUACCCGGGCUCCGCGGGAGGCACGGCGAGGGUAGGAGGGUGACUGCCCCAGGUCCAACUAGGAUCUUCCGAAAGGAAUUUGUCAAGCGCUUUCGGUGUGUCAGGCACUGUACUAAACGCCGGGGUGGAUACAAGAUAAUG